AAAUCUGCACAGCAAUAAUUUCACCGGAUCCAUUCCAUCCACGAUUGGACGUUUGACAGGCCUGACAUACUUAAUCUUGAGCAACAACAGCCUGACCGGAACAAUUCCUGACACUAUUUCCAAGCUUUCAAACCUCGUUAGAUUGCGUCUUGCUAAAGACAACCUGUUGGGCUCGAUACCAUCGGGAAUUGGCAGCCUUACAGCUCUAACUGAACUGUACCUUGCCAACAACAGCCUGAUUGGCACAAUCCCUGACUCCUUCAGCAAGCUCUCAACUCUUGGUUCCUUGUAUCUCGACGGAAACAAACUGACAGGAACGAUACCAGCAACAGUCGGCAGCCUUCAAUUUCUUACCAACAUGAAUCUCUCAUCAAAUUCACUGUCAGGCUCCAUGCCACAAUCAUUCGCACGCCUCACUAACUUGAAAGAAUUAUAUCUCACGAGCAACAGUCUGACAGGGAACAUCCCAGAGUCCAUUGGCAACCUCACACAGCUUUCUAUCUUGAAUUUGAAUGGAAGUGGACUCACAUGCCCUUCUGACAACGCCCCAUGCGUGGCGCAGCAACGACUUCAGAGUGCCUUUUGCCGCCAGUGCCCCUCCUUCUGCACCACCUGCAUCAAGCCCGCACCUCCGCCCCCCUCCCCAUCUCCAGGGAGCACUACAGCGUCCCCACCCCCCCCCACUGCCUCCCCAGCAUCCCCCCCUCCACCUUCAACGUCCACCUCUGAUUCUGGCGGCCUGUCAGCAGCAGCCAUUGCUGGCAUUGCCGUGGCUGCUGUGGCUUCCCUGAUGGUUCUGCUGAUUGGCAUGCUGCUAUGCUGGAGGCGGUACAAGAAAGAAAGAGAGACAGCACAGAAAUCAGCAACAGCAGACGGGGGCGAGGAUGCAGUACUGCAAGUAAAGACAGAUUCUGAAGGUCUGGCAGGCAGUGUGGCGGCCUCUCACUGCACGGAGUACUCCCUGGAGGAAGUGCUCACAGCCACCAGCAACUGGGCGAGUGACAACCAGCUGAGGUCGGGCGCAUUUGGUGACGUGUACAAGGGCGUGUCUCCGCGCGAUGGCACCACACUGUGGGCCGUCAAGCGAGCCAAACUGCUUGAAGCCGACUUUCAGCGAGAGGUGCGACAAAUGGCUGAAAAGAAUCAUCCUAACAUCGUGCGGCUGCUUGGGUUCUCCAUUGGAGGGGACAUGCGGACACGGCCAGAGCAAGUCCUGAUCUACGAGUUUGUUCCCAACGGUGACCUCAAGAUGUGGAUGAGUGAAAAGGCACCCUUUCCGCUCAUCUUGAUGCAGCGGCUGGACAUCCUCAUUGGUGCGGCACGUGGCUUGGCGUAUCUCCACAGCUUUGGCCUUGUGCAUCGCGACAUCAAACCCGCCAACAUCCUUCUUGGGACAAACAUGCAGGCCAAUAUUGCGGACUUUGGGCUUGUGAGGAUGGAGGAGGGCACAACAGUGGGCACGACUCGAGUGAUGGGAACACCGGGCUAUGUGGAUCCCAUCUAUUCACAAACCUCCAAGGCAACCAGAUCCACUGAUGUAUACAGCUUUGGUGUGCUUAUGCUCGUGGUGCUCACUGGCCGAAGCCCCUUCGGCACUGAUGAUGGAGAAAACGUCCAUAUUCUGAAAUGGGUAGAGGGGUGCAUCUCCUCCGACAAUCCGGCCUCCCUCAACGACCUGAGCAUGGACGCCCCGGAUGAUGCUGUGCUGCGCCUAGCCCAGUUGGCUCUCAGCUGCACUGUGGAGCGCACUGCAAGCCGACCCAACAUGGCAGGCAUGGCCAACGAGCUGCAGAAGAUCAGGGACGAGGUGGUGGGGAAGGAGGAGCCAGUUGCAGCAGCUAAAGUGGAUGACCGGGCUCGAGAGAUUAAGGGCUUGACUUCUGCGGAUGCUCAUCUGCAGUGCAUUGACAAAAUCCUGGAAGGGGACUCGUUUGGUGACCACUCAAGUGCUUGA